UCGCGAAGCAUCGGAUCCAUCAAUCCGCACUUUUCCCAUUUCAAAUCAUAAACAAUAAAGAGUGUACAUAAUAUUAUGUAUACAUAUAUGUAGACAGAGAGAGAAAAAGAGGGGUAUAGCGAGCAAUACGAUAGAUACAUAAAACUUUUUUGGUUUUGCUGGGUUUUUGGUCUUUGUUGACCGGAUAGGGUAGAGAUUGAUUUUGUUGUAAGAGAGGAGAAUUAUCUCAUAUUUAUUGCAAAUCUUUUGUUGAUUAGAACAGAAAGGAGUAAAAAGAGGGAAAGGGAGGAGAGGAUGGUGAAGAUCACGGCAUUGAUGGUGCUGAAAUGCACUCCGGAGGGUGCGGACCCGGUUAUUUUGGCGAACGCGUCGGAUCUAAGCAGUUUCGGGUUCUUUCAACGGCCCAGCGUUAAGGAGUUCAUUGUUUUCGUGGGUCGGACCGUAGCUAAACGGACGCCGCCGGGCCAGCGGCAGUCGGUACAGCAUGAAGAAUACAAGGUUCACUCGUACAACCAAAAUGGCUUGUGUGCAUUGGGUUUUAUGGAUGAUCACUAUCCUGUCCGAAGUGCAUUUUCAUUGCUCAACCAGGUCUUGGAGGAAUAUCAAAAGAAUUUUGGUGAUUCGUGGAAAACCAUCCAAGCUGACAGUUCUCAACAGUGGCCCUAUCUAAGUGAGGCACUUACCAAAUUUCAGGACCCUGCUGAGGCUGACAAGCUGUUGAAAAUUCAGCGGGAAUUGGAUGAAACUAAAAUUAUUCUUCACAAGACCAUCGACAGUGUCCUAGCACGAGGUGAGAAGCUGGACAGUUUGGUUGAGAAGAGUUCAGAUCUAAGCGCUGCUUCUCAGAUGUUUUACAAGCAGGCGAAGAAAACGAAUCAAUGUUGUACAAUCCUGUAAAUGCUUCAGAAGGAGUAUUUUGUCUUAUAAAUAUGGCUCAGUUGCCCUAUUGUUAAAUGCGAAAUUUGAAAGAGCUCUGUUUAUAUCACCACUUAUAUAAUGUUGUGAGGCUGAAAUCUUUGGUGCUUCUCUUGUAUCCCCCCUUGUUCACCUUGAGAAAAGGUAAUUGUGUUGGCAAAUUGUUCCUGAUUAUGUUAUAAUGUGAUUUCAGUGUUCGUUAGCAAGAGCUUUUAAUUAGCUUACA